AUGAACAACUUUGCUCAGUUCGGCUCUCACAUCUCAGACCAGCACCAGGGAAAACAAACCGGUGCCAGCGGUGGUCAGACUGGAUCAGCUGGCCAGACCGACUAUCUUGACAAAGGCCUCAACGAUGCUGAGCAGAAGUAUGGCGGCAAGUACUACGAUGCCGAGAAAGUCAAGCCCAUGAACAAGAAGAUCGGCGACACAGUCAAGGGCAAGUUCCAUGACAUGACUGGUCACAACAUGCCUGGAUCUCAUUAA